UCCAUAACAAGCCUCCAACUUGUUCCUCUGUGAUGCCCUUGCCCUCACACGGAUGCACCCUGUUCUGAUGGAGUUGCCCCAGGUGCACUUUUUCAGCCACUUUUCCUAUGAUGGAGGCGAGCACCUUUUGGAGAACUGACUUACUUUAAAGUGGGAUUUCUGAUCAAUGUGCCACCUCACUGACAUGGCAAAGCCUUUGGAUCACAUCAAGAGACCCAUGAACGCCUUCAUGGUGUGGUCAAGAGGUCAGAGGAGACAGAUGGCCCAGGAAAACCCCAAGAUGCACAACUCUGAAAUCAGCAAGAGACUGGGCGCGCAGUGGAAGCUGCUCUCAGACUCGGAGAAACGUCCCUACAUCGACGAAGCCAAGAGGCUGCGCGCCCAGCACAUGAAGGAGCAUCCGGACUACAAGUACAGACCGAGGCGCAAAGCGAAGGGUCUCCUGAAGAGGGAGCGCUUCGUGUUCCCGCUGCCGCCCGGGUUUGGAGAAGCUGCGGACAACUUGAAGGGGUUUCCCGGGGAUCCCUUCCUCUUUCCUGGAGACAAAUCUCGGGCUCUGUUCGACCACAGCACCUCCUUCUCCUCUUCACAUUUCUCUCUGUUAGAGUCACACCUGAGCACCGCGGCUGUCCAGCGGCUGGCAGACGUGACGCACACCCGGUUGCCCUACAGCCCGCACGCCUUUGGCUUCCACUCCGGCGGCGUCGGCGCAGUACCUUGUGGAGGGCAACCAAUCCACACCCACCUGUCACCCACCUCCAGCCCCGGGUAUUUGAUGCCGUGCAGUUGUAGCGUCUGGUCUGCGGCCAGUUUGCAGCCCCAGGUGGCGUACAUUCUGUUUCCGGGAGGAAAGAACCGGAGCGGCACGGAUCCACACUCUUCACCCGGCUGCAGCAGCGCGCAAACUGGAUAAGGAGGCAAAAACGCAGACGAUAUUAAAUGUAUCGAUUUAACCGCAAUAAUUGUCUAACUUUCAAUUUGCUAUUGAUUAUAAAACUGUGGAAAACAAUAACAAAAACAAACAAAAAAAAUUGUAAUUAUUU